AUGAAUUCAAAACAACAUUACAAUACUCAUAAAUUAACAUUAACUAAACCUAAUAAGAAAUCAUAAUUUUGUUCUGAUGAUGGAGAAAGUACUACACCUCAUUCAAUUAAUUCCACUAAAAAUAAUAAAGAGUUUUAAACUGAUGAUUCUGAUUGUGGAACUCCAAUUACUCCUUCUACUAAGUCCCUCUAAAAACCAUAAUAAUCAAAAUUCAAACCAAAACCUAAUACAAUUUAAUAACUCUUUACAAAUACAGCUAGAAAUGUUCUAUAAAAUAAAUAAACUCAUUCUGAUGCUGAAUCUAAACCUUAAAAAUAAUAAGAAGUUUCCAUUAAAAAUCAUCCCUUUAGACAUCUAAUUUUUGGUUAAUCUGUUUAAGAAACUACUCUAAAAAAGCAUCUACUAUUAACUCAAAGAGGAUUGAUAUAUGCAACCAAAUGUUUAAAAGGACCCAGCGAUUAAUUUAUAUAAUCACGUCAAGUAGAGGUUCCAAAAGAAGAAAAUAAAUCAAAGAUUCUUCUAUUAGAUUUAGAUGAAACGUUAAUUCAUUCAUACCAUAGUAAAGAGUAAGCUUAAGUUAACAUUAAUUAAAUCAGUUUUAAUGUAAGACCAUAUACAAAUUAUUUUUUAAAUAAAUUAUCGGAGAUAUAUUCAAUUUUUAUUUUCACAGCAUCAUCAUCCUCAUAUGCAAGUGUUAUAGUAGAUUAUUUGGAUCCAGAUCAAUCUAAAAUUAUUGGAAUAUUUUCUAGAAAUCAUUGUAUGGAAACAAAAAAUGGAUUCUUUAUAAAAGAUUUAAGAACUUUAAAAGAUAUAGAUUUAAGCUCUACUAUAAUUGUUGAUAAUUUGGCACAUUCUUUUGGUUUGCAAAUUGAUAAUGGAAUACCAAUAUUGGAAUGGAAUUCUGAUGAAAAAGAUGAAGAAUUGAAAUAUUUAACAGAAUAUCUUGUAUAAGCAAGUCAAGUUGAGGAUGUUAGAAUAUUUAAUAGAGAAAAUAUUCGUUUAAGAGAAUUAAUAAGCUACUAAUUAUGA